UCAAAUUCUAGGGUAAAACCAGGAGAAGAAGAGAGCAGAUGACGAGUAACUAGAGAAAAAGGGUGAUGGGCUCCAAAUCCGCCUCCUCCUCCUCCGGCCGAGAAGGAGGCAACAAUCACGGUCUGGAUCUGAUCAGCCUUCUCCCGGACUGCAUCCUUAGCUUCAUCCUAUCGUUGCUACCUGUGAAAGACGCUGCUCGGACCAGCAUCCUCUCCAGCCGGUGGCGCCACCUCUGGACCCUCGCCCCCCUCCCCCUAGACAUCUCCGCGCUCCAACCCGAGGGAUCCAAUCCCUCCUGGAGGCGCGCCACCACGAGGCCUGGCGUGUCCGCGCCACCAACCAGAUCCUCUCCGUCCACCGCGCGCCCAUCCCCGGCGCCGCCCUAUGGGGCUAUUUCCCCGACAACGCCGACAUCGGUCGCUGGGUGCAGACCCUCGUCGGAAGAGGCAUCCAAGAUCUCACCUUGUGCUGCGCGGACAUGGAUCGCUUCUACCCGGUGCCCCUUCCCAUCCUCACCUGCCGCUCUCUUCAGCAGCUCAAGCUCUCGCACUGCCACUUGCCGGAUCCCCCCCUACCCCUGCCGACCUUCGCGAACCUUAGAGACCUAACUUCCUAUUUCUGUGUCCUAACGGAUGAUAUCAUCUCCAUCCUUCUGUCCUGCUGCCUGUUCCUCAGAAGCUUAGUCAUCACUGGCUGUAUGGGCCUUCUCGCCAUCCAUAUCCGCUCCCCCAGCCUCCAAAGUUUUACUCUGAAUAGCUCGUCGGUUUAUGGCAAUGAAGUCGAUGAUCUCAUCAUUGAAGAUGCACCGAAUCUCCAGCGCUUGAUGCUCCAUCGGAGCGUCGCGCACGAUUCGCAGAUAACGAUUCUGAACACCCCGAAGCUGGAGCUGCUAGGCAUCGUGAAUACGGCGAUCAAGACGCUCAAGAUGUGUGGGACUUACUUUGAGCCGAACAACGUGACAACACCUUAUGAGUCAACCAGGAUGGUUGGUAACUUGCGUACUGCGAUGAAUAGUCUAAGAAAUCUGGCCCUCAGCGUGGACUUUAAUGACUAUGAUCAGGUGAAGAUAGUUCCUGAUUUACUCAGAUGUUUCCCUUGCCUAGAAAUAUUGGAUGUUCAGGUUGUCGGCACGUGUUGCCAUCGUGAGGAUUCUGCCUUUUGGGAGCAACAGGGUUCCCUUGAUUGCCUUGAUCACCAUCUAAAAAGGAUCACUAUUAAAGGUUUUGAAGGACACAGGACUGACUUGGCAUUUGCCAAGUUUAUUAUUGCAAAAGCACGCACGCUUAAGCUAGAGAAAGGACAUCGAGAUGAGACCUUUGUCAUGGUUGAGUUCCCAUGUAUCAAUUGCCUGCAAUGUUGACAUCCUUGCAUCUCUGGCUUCUCUUCUGAAUGCUGAGGAAAAAGAAAAUUUGGAGAUCAAACGUUUUUAGAUAAUUAAAGCUUAAAACUAUUUGAGUUGGAGCCCGAUGACUACACAACAAAUGGAUGAUGCUGUCUCUCUCUUAACAGAGGGGAUGUCACUGCUUCCUUCAUUAUGUAGGUGAUUAAAGUUUCAAUGAGAAGCACAUGAGCCACUUCUUUCCUACCACAUUUAGUUUCAACUGUGGAUGGUACUAUUUACUCGUACUACGUUAUAUUGUCUUUUCCUACAUUAUUAGGAUGCAUGGAUAAGUAUGAGCAUUUGUUGUUCAUAAAUGUAAGUAUACCGAAGGCAAUUCUGUAAUUGUGUAGAAGCAGUAGCAUUGAUUUUUGUUUAAAAUUGCCAUCUUGAUUCAUCCAAAACUAUCUGAGUUAUUGCAUGUGAAAAUUUUCAUGCUCGCUGUUUGGUCGUCUGUCCAAUAACUUGUUCAAAUGAGGGUUCUUUCUACUUUUAAAUG